GUACCUUGUAAGUGGCCCCAAAGAACCCCUUUGGGUAUGAGAGCACUUCGUAAAAAUAGUUUGAAUAUUUCCAAGGCGAUGGAAAAUAAACGCCAGGCAGUGGCUGUUUCUUCACUUCUCCUUGUUUGCUCCAAUGAAGGAGCAUCUCGAGUUCUAGACAGACUCAGUGCUGGAGGAGUACGUUUAGUGGAUGGCCCAUACAACUGCUCUGGCAGGGUGGAGGUGUACUAUGCAGGCCAGUGGGGUACAGUGUGUGAUGACAACUGGGACCUGCUGGAUGCCAAGGUAGUGUGUAGAGCACUGGGCUGUGGGGCAGCCCAGAAGGCCCUGGACCAGGCCCACUUUGGCGGGGGUAAGGGGGAGAUCUGGCUAGAUGAUGUGGAAUGUUCUGGGAAUGAAGAGUCACUGCUUAGCUGCAGCUCAGAUGGUCUUGGGUCACACAACUGUGGACACUUUGAGGAUGCAGGAGUGAUAUGUGAGGGUCAGUCAGGUCAACCCCCUUCAGACUCCCAUUCUGGCUUGACAGUGCGCAUAGUUGAUGGUCCCAAUCACUGCUCUGGAAGGGUGGAGGUCUACCAUGAUGGGAGUUGGGGGACAGUCUGUGAUGAUAAUUGGGGUUUCCUAGAUGCCCAAGUUGUAUGUAGGGAGCUGAGCUGUGGACCAGCCACAGAGGCUCCUCACCAGGCUUACUUUGGUGAGGGGAGUGGCUCAAUCCUAUUGGACGAUGUGGCAUGCAUGGGAAGUGAGGGAUCUUUACUGGAAUGCAACUCAGGAGGGAUAGGAAACCAUAACUGUGGCCAUGAUGAAGAUGCCAGUGUAACUUGCAUGAUGGUGGUCCCAGAUGAUGGCCCGUUGAUCCGGCUGGUGGAUGGUCCUGAUCAGUGUUCAGGGAGGGUGGAAGUGUAUUAUGCGGGGCAGUGGGGUACGGUGUGUGAUGAUGACUGGGACGUGAGCGACGCUGACGUGGUCUGCAGACAGCUCAGCUGUGGGUGGGCUAUGGAUGCCCCCGGACAGGCCUGGUUUGGUAUGGGAGUUGGCAUUCCCAUUCUGCUGGACAACAUAGCCUGUGUUGGCACAGAAGGCACUCUCUUUGACUGCCCCUCUGAGGCGAUAGGUCAGCAUAACUGCAUGCAUCCUGAGGAUGCGAGUGUGGUCUGCUCAGGUGAGAUUAAAGGGGAAGUUCCGUAUUUUACUGUUAGAUGGUUCCUGACCCUGAAAGUAGUUUAUGGGCGAAACUGUAAUCUUCGGUUGAGUUUUAUCUAAACAGCUACUACAAAUUUCAGCUCAUUUAAGGCACAGUUAGCUUUAUUUAUUAAUAACGCUUUUCAAGGUAACAUACAGUAUAUGCAACAACUCUUUGUUUUCCAUGAUCCUCCCUAUGGAUUGCAGGUUCACACCAGAGUGAGUACAUUAAUUUGUCUGCACACUACACAAUAAUCUCCACAGCCUGAUGCAUCAAUUUGUUAACAGAUUAUUUACCUAUUUACCUGGACCUUCAAUUCGCUUGGCCGGUGGCUCCAACAACUGCUCUGGUAGAGUGGAGGUGUUCCACUCUGGCCAGUGGGGUACAGUGUGUGAUGAUGACUGGGAUCUGAAACAUAUGUACACCUCGUAAUUGAUCGUUAAAAUGUUUUUAUUUGCCUCUCGGGUGGCGC